AUGAACACCGACGGCAGCGCGGCACGGCUCCAGCCAGGCACGAGGGUCCAGGUGGGCAAGUAUGUCGUCCAGGUCGACCAGUUCCUCAGCGAAGGCGGAUUCGCCCAUGUCUACGUCGUCAGCCUGCUCGCCCCGGCCUCCGUCCCCGGAUUCCCGCCCGCCCAGAACAGAUUCGUCCUCAAGCGCAUGGCCGUCCCCGACAAGCCCGCACUCGGCGAGGUGCGCAGGGAGGUCGACGUCAUGAAGCAGCUCCGCCCACACAAACACAUCGUCUGCUUCAUCGAAGCCUCCGCCUCAUCCAUCCCACACACCCCCGCCUACGAGAUAUUCAUCCUCAUGGAAUGGUGUCCAGGCGGCGGAAUCAUCGACCUCCUCAACUCCCGUCUCCAGAACAGGCUCACAGAGUCAGAGAUCCUCAAGAUAUUCAGCGACACCGUCGCCGCAGUCGCCCACAUGCACAGCCAGAACCCCGUGCUCAUCCACAGAGACCUCAAGGUCGAAAACAUCCUCCUCGCAGCUCCCAACCUCUACAAGCUCUGCGACUUCGGAUCCACCACCACCCCGGCACCCCGGCCACCCCAGUCAUCCGCCGAAAUCAGAGCCCUCGAGGCCGAUCUCAACAAACACACCACCCUCCAGUACCGCGCACCAGAGAUGGUCGACGUCUGGAGUCGGAAGGGCGUCACGGAAAAAGCUGAUAUCUGGGCCCUCGGCGUCUUCCUCUACAAGCUCUGCUACUACACCACCCCCUUCGAAGCCAACGGGCCACUGGCCAUCGUCAACGUCCAGUACCAGAUCCCAUCCUAUCCGGCCUACAGCAACUCGAUCAAGUAUCUCAUCGGCACCAUGCUCCAGGAACUGCCCCAAUCUCGACCGGACAUCUGGGAGGUCCACGACCAUGUGUGCAGACUGCGUGGCGUGCCGCCCCAUCUCCGUCGUCCGAGCAGAAAACAGAGCCUUUCGCACAUCCCACCCCAGCUUUCAGUUCUCCCCGAACCAGCCACCAACACGCUCGACGCACCAGACGGCCUCGACUCGAUCUUCUCAGCCGCGCCCCCAUCGGCCGCCGUCUCGACCAAGGAGGCCGACGCCGUCGUCCCCAUGCGGAGGGGCAGGCCGGCGGUCAAGAGCAAGCCCGGGCUCAACAACGGGGAGCCGUUCUUCAACCCCGUCCACCAGCCGGCCCCGGCUGCGACCACCGGCUUCCCCGCCAAGAAACACUCGCCGCCCGAAGAGUCAGACUUGUUUGCACGCGAAGCUGCCGCCGGGUUCGGAGACGCCUUCCUCUCGUCGCCCUCGCCCCAGAUCACCGCCUUCAAGCCGGUCGCCGGCGCAGCACAGAGGCCUGCCCUCGGCGGAAACCCCUCCCCCAGCUUAUCUGGAUCCCGCUCCCACAUGUCGCUCAAGCCUUCUGCUGCUGCGCCUACGCCCAUGGUUCGGCGCGACUCGAAACCGGCCACAUCGUCGGCAGCCUUCGAAGACCUCGUCCCUCUGAUCAAGAAACCCACACCCAAAACGCUGAACGAGAUGCGCAGUGGGCUUGGCUUGGUUGCCUCCACCUCGACCGGCCCUUCGAUGGCCAGCGGGAAAAGCAAAGUGUCUGCUAAUUCAUUCACCAGCAAGCCCGGCUUGCUCCCACAGGAACCCACCAGCAUGUCGAUCAGCAGCGGCACACUCUCGCAGAAAACGGGGCCGCAGACCCUCCCCUCUUCUCGGAUCCACGAGCCCACAAGUGGCUACCGCAAGAUAAGCAUCACCCAGAGAACCGGCCCGGCUGUCAGCUCGAAGCCGUCCCUGUCUGAGUGGCUGAGGAAAGACCAGCCGGCACUGGUCAGUCGGUCUACUCAAACGUCCCCCAGCCUGAUCAGCCACUGGAUCAAUGAGCUUACAGAAGCCCGCGCUGUGAACGUUUUGAACUCCCCCCGAAAGUCGACCUCCGAUCAUCAGGCUGGUGGAGAAGCUCUGGCCCGGCGGCAACACCAGGCCUCGUCCGUCCUUCCCCAAAACAACGUGUCCCGGGGAGAUCAGCGGAACCCCCUGGAGAAAAGCCCAUCAUCGAGCGGGUCGUCCGACGAACAGCAGGCCCCCGAAGACGCCGCCGGCCGGUCGGUCUACCGAGGCCCCCCCGGGCCGCCGGCGCGCAAGCCGAGCUUGAAAGCCAGCUCCUGGGGAACCUCUCCCGGAGGAGACCCUGCGCAGAUAGGCGGCUCUUCUGCGACGGCCUCCGACGGGAAGACCGACGGGCUGGGACGCAAGCCCAGCUUGAAGCCUGCCUCGUGGGAAAACUCUGCCGCCGACCCCGCCCAGUCAGCCGGCCCAUCGUCCGCCUCCGGUGGGCACAUCAUCCCGACUCGUAAGCCCAGCUUGAAGUCCAGCUCGUGGGAAAACUCUGCGGGCGACCCCGCGCUGGCAGCCUCGGGUGGGCAGAUCAACCCGACUCGCAAGCCCAGCUUGAAGCCUAGCUCGUGGGAAAACUCUGUCGCCGAUCCCGUGCAGACAGGCGGCCCAUCGCCGGCGUCUGGCGGGAAGAUCAGCCUCGCCGCAGAGGCCCCGCAGACCAGCGGCGCCGGGCCGGCGUCCCCGCCUAGCUCGGCCGACGAGCUGUCGUCUUCGGAAGCGAUGACGGAGGAAGACGAGGAGGUGCGUCUACGGCGCCGGGCGGCGAUCGCGAAGUUCGCGCCCGCGGCUGCCGUCGGCCCGCCCGGCCCGUCGUCGGCAUCUUCAGACCGGGACCCGUUCUCGUCGCGCGCGGGGAGUCGACCGGUCGGCCCGGCCCCGGCCCCGGCCGAGAAGCCCGCAGCGGCACGCAGGACCGUCGGCCCGCCGCUCCGGGCGCCCAAGCCCCAGUCGCUGAAGUCUCAAGCCGCGAUCACCAGCCUGGUCUCCCGCUACGAGACCCUGGGGCUUUCGGCGCCCGGCGGGUCGGAGCUGGCCACGAGCGAGGCCAGUCUUCCGGCGCCGGCGGGCCGCCGGCUGUCGAGCUUCAAGCCCAACCCGUCCGCCGUGCCUCCGGCGGAGAAGGCCCCCCGUCUGGCGGCUGACAAGGACGCAGGAGCGGCCAAGACCAACCCCCCCAUCCCGCCCAGACACAUCCCCCUCAACGCCCUCGGCCCCGGCCUCCCCGCCACCCGGCCCCGCGACGUCUUCCCCGACGCCGCCGACGUCGAACCCAUCUUCACCUCCGUUAACGACCUCAAAUCCAAGUGGGAAUCCGGCGCCGUGCGCCCCGCCGCGCCCGCCGCCCGGCCUCCCAGGACCGAUUACGGCCAGACUUAG